GCCUGAUUGAACACACAAAUAUUUGUUCAGUUUAUGAAACACAUUCACGCAAUGGACGAAAAAAGUGUAGAAAAUUUAGAGGAAGAAGUUCCGGAAAGUUUGAAAAAUUCGUUCUUUAAAAGCAUUAGGAAUUAUUUUAGGGAAUAUUGUGUUUGCUCCAGCAUCCAUGGGUUCAGAUAUUUUGGGGAAAAAAGGACAUACUUUGAGAGGGGUUGGUGGUUUAUUGUAUUUAGUAUCACUUUGGGAAUCUGCAUAUUUUUUAUAAGGGAAGUUUAUCUAAAAUGGGAUAGAAGUCCGGUCAUAGUCAGUUUUGCCACUACACAAACACCGAUUUACCAAAUACCCUUUCCGGCAGUGACGAUUUGUCCUGAAACAAAAUUGCAACAAAAUCUCUUCAAUUACACGGAAAUUUUGCAGAAAAUGGUGAAAGAUCAGAAUGACAAUAUUACCGAAAAAGAGUAUAAAUUAUUUGAAUACAUGAGCAUGGUUUGUAAUACACCAGAUCAAUUUGGAAAUGAAGAAAUUUUGGAUAAAGAUUUCUUUGAAGUUCUUAGAAAUGUAAAUAUUGUUUUUUCUGAUAUAUUUAUUUACUGCGAAUAUAUGGGAAUGCAAUACAAAUGUAAAAAUAUGUUCAAUCCAAUUAUAACAGAUGAAGGAAUAUGUUAUAGUUUUAAUAUGCUGGAUAAAUCUGAGAUAUAUAACCCCAAAGUAGUUCACCAUAAAUAUUUAAACAAUGUACCAAACAAAACACGUAGUGGCUGGUCAAUGGAAGAUGGAUAUGCAGACAAUGUUGGUGUGGACACAUAUCCAAAAAGAGCACUUUUAGCUGGUACAAAAAAUUCACUUCAGGUUACACUGAUUUCAAGAAAGACGAACAUCGACUAUACUUGCAAAUCAUCUUUACAAGGAUUUAGGGUAAUGUUACACACUCCAACAAGGGUUCCUCUAUUCAGCCAGCAAUAUUUUCGAGUGCCAUUAAAUCAGGAAGUCGUGGCGGCCAUACAACCAAACAUGAUAACUACCUCGGAUUCAGUAAAGAUGUAUAAUCCACAACGUAGAAAGUGCUAUUUUCCCUCUGAAAGAAAAUUGAAAUUCUUCCUGAAAUACACUUCUUUGAACUGUAAACUUGAAUGUUUGGCCAAUUAUACCUUAAACGAAUGUGGAUGUGUUGGAUUUUAUAUGCCAAGAUUUAAUGAUACUCUUUUAUGUGGUUCUGCAAGUAGAGAAUGCAUGAGGAGAGCAGAACGCAAACUUCAAAUGGGCACUUUAUACAACGAUAUAAUUUUUUCGAAACAGAAAAAUCGCACAAGAAAAACUAAAAUAAACGGAUACAAAAAACUAAAAUUUUGCGAUUGCAUGCCAAUUUGCACUGAUUUUACCUACGACGUUGAAACUUCGCAAACCGAUUGGCAAUAUAUCAAAAACCUAAAAGUUUUAUACGACGAAGAGCAAUUAAACGAAGACGAAAUCCAUAUUUCAAAACUUAAUCUAUUCUUCAAGUCCUCCAACUUUAUUACUUCUGUAAGACAUGAAUUGUACGGACCAACAGACUUCUUGGCUAAUUUUGGUGGAUUAUUGGGACUUUUUACUGGAUUUUCCAUACUUUCCCUUAUGGAAAUUUUCUACUUUUUAUCUGUAAGGUUAAUUUGCAAUGUUAGACUAUAUGGAUACUGGGCUGGACCAGAAAGAUAA